UGUGGGCAGCAGCCGAUCUGUCAGCAGUGUUGUUGUGCGGCGUUGAGGAGCCACAGCUGUGAUUAUAAGUGGAUAUUAUGGAGAAAAUUGGAACGAUUACCGAUCGAGAUCAGUGAGUACAUCCACAGAGACUUGGACUGGACGCAGAAAGCACCGCGGAAAAUACCGUUGUCUUCUGGAUACGACCGAUACGACGCGUUGAAGUUACGGGAAUCUUUGUCACCCGGACUGAACGAAGACAAGGGGGCCUCAGAUUACACGGAUGUCCGUUGAAGUUGAAACACCAGCUAAGUUAGCACUUAGCUUCCUAUUAAGUAUUUAUUCUAUAUCCAUUUAGUCGGAAGUUUCCCUGCAAUAUUAUAUCUAACUGUGUGUUGCGUGGCAUUACGCACAACCACAAACAGCGGCUUUAGAUAAUUAUCUCCGCUGGUACCAGUAGCACUUGCUAUGCUAACUGGCUAGCUAGCUACCUGGCAGGGCUAGCUCGUUGUUCCUCUGCUAAAUUCAGCCAGCAAGCUUCUUUUAAUGGAAAACAAAACACAUUCAAGCUUUGUUAGUUGACUUGCUUGCCAAAAAAGCAUCACAUCAUAAAUAUACAUGCUCAAAUCUGUAUUAAACCCACUUGGAUUAUUAUAAUCACCACACCAGGCAAUAAGCAUGUUCUUCUUUCCUACAUGGACUUUGUUGGAGCCAGCCACAGAUGUAGUUACAUUUUGAAUGUCUUUGCUCUUAAUCCUUAAUAGAUUAUUAAUCUGUCUCUAAGAUUAAGGUGUUUUGUUUUGUUUUUUUAACUCAAGACCAAACUUUAACCUCAGAGUUGUUGUGGUUUCACAUCUCUAUAAACUGACAGUCUCUGAGUGUUUGCAGAAGUUUUGUGCACCACUGAGUACCAAACUAUUUUCAAUUUCAGCUAUAAGGAUUUUUUUGCUCUUUGCCUGGAUUUUUGGAACAAAAUGUGUUUUUCAAGACGGACAUUCCUUUGAUUCUGUGUCUUUUUUAACCCCCCCAGUCUGUAAACUCCCUACUUUAUUGGUAGAUUGGUAAAGUUACCUGCCACACAAGGACGGUAUGCUCUUGGACCCUGAUUCAGCAACUUCAUGGCACAACAAACUUAACCUUUGUUUUGGAUCAAGUGAGUAACGUAACACACAAGAGGGGUUGGUUUGCUGGUUACCCAUCCUUGACACGAUGGGCAGCCAGGGCAGCCCGGUGAAAAGCUACGACUACCUGCUCAAGUUCCUCCUGGUCGGAGACAGCGAUGUGGGCAAAGGAGAGAUCCUGGACAGCCUGCAGGAUGGAUCAGCCGAGUCACCAUAUGCAUACAGUAGUGGUAUCGACUACAAAACCACCACCAUCCUUCUGGACGGGAGGAGAGUGAAGCUGGAGCUUUGGGACACCUCGGGACAGGGGAGGUUCUGCACCAUCUUUCGCUCGUAUUCGCGCGGGGCUCAGGGGAUCUUGCUGGUGUAUGACAUCACCAAUCGGUGGUCCUUUGAUGGAAUCGACAGGUGGAUCCGAGAGAUUGAUGAGCAUGCUCCAGGCGUGCCUCGAAUCCUUGUCGGCAACCGCCUGCACCUGGCCUUCAAGAGGCAAGUUCCCACCGAGCAGGCGAGGGCGUACGCCGAGAAGAACGGCAUGACCUUCUUCGAGGUGAGCCCUCUCUGCAACUUCAACGUCAUCGAGUCCUUCACGGAGCUGUCGCGGAUCGUCCUGAUGAGGCACGGCAUGGAGAAGUUCUGGAAGCCCAACAGAGUGUUCAGCCUGCAGGACCUGUGCUGCAGAGCCAUCGUGUCGUGCACGCCGGUCCACCUCAUCGACAAGCUCCCGCUGCCCGUCGCCAUCAAGUCCCACCUCAAGUCCUUCUCCAUGGCCAACGGGAUGAACGCGGUCAUGAUGCACGGACGCUCCUACUCGCUGGCGAACCCGGCCGGCGGCUCCAAGGGCAACAGCCUCAAGCGCUCCAAGUCGAUCCGUCCGCCGCAGAGCCCGCCGCAGAACUGCACCCGCAACAACUGUAAAAUCUCCUAAUGGAGAGACUGAGAGGGGGGGAGCGGGUUAGAGACUAUGACUUGAUUGACAGCAUGUGAUCAGCACACGGGAUAUACAGGUUGGUAUUUAAAAAAGAAAAGGAGCAGCGCGUCCCUGAACCCUGAAGAGCUGAAGAGCAGGAUGAUGGAUAAAGGGAUGGAUGAGCACUACCUCUCACCUUUUUGUGUUAAAAGAAAUAUUAUCCAGGUGGAGACGGGGCCCCGAGCGUCGCCUCACAAUACCAGAACGACCACAAACAUUUUUUGUCUCCACGGACCUGAUUCAGAGACUCUGGAUUCUCUCCUUGUCCGCUAACUACGUGUACAGAAAUCCCUCACAAGGCUCCACGUUCAGUUCCUCAACAUGAAGCACCCUUUGUGUCGGUGCAAUCACCUCAAGAUCACUUCUUUCCUUUCAUUUUUUGUGUUGUGUUUCUUUCUGUCCGGGUAUAUCCGCACCUUCUUUCUCUCUCUACAUUGGAUGUUUAAUGACCGAUAAGCUAAAGAACGAGACACUAAUACGCAGUCUGUCCGUUACUUAUCAUUAUUUAUUCCCCAACUGGUUGUGUUUGAACACUCGUUUGAAAAGGUCUUUGUUUGAUUCACAAACAACACUUUAGGGAGGGGAAUCUUGGGUACCAGACGGCUGAAAGUUUCCAUCCAGUUUGAGGUGAAGUUGACUCCGCCCCCUGACGCCCCUCAGGCGUAACCUGAACUAGGAGAAACGGUGAAAAAAACGGUUAUUUGAUAGUAAAUCUCUGAUUAUGAAGGAUGCUGCAAGUUUGACGAGUUUCUUGAUACUUCAUCACAUCGUGAAACUCUACAAGUUCUAUUUCUAACAUGCACCAAAGUUGACUGUCACCUUUCUUUUUACUCCUGUUAGUAAUGAAGCAGUUUCAUUAUCGUUCAAACGCUCAGCUUGCUUUUAGGUUUAGGUUUUUGUUUUUUUUGACAAGGAGCCGAAUUAUCGGCAGAGAUCUCCUCCAUGAAAAGAAAUUAGCCUGAGUAUAAAAACUGAUUUAAACACUUUUAAUAAGUGCAGCACUUAAUGUUACUCAUGAGAUUUUUUUUCAGCAGAGCUCAGCAUGUUUCUCUUUACAGCUAAAACAUGCAAAAAUUCUUGAUUCAGUCCAAUAAUGUAGUCUGACGUUUAUCCGUUACCCCACAUGAACUUUGGCCCUACAUGGAGAUUGUUUUAUCGCCCAGUCGUGACUUGAAUCAGAUCCUGUCUCCAGACUUGUUAGUGGGCCUUGAGUGGAUUAUGAAUUCUCUGUGGUGUCAAGGAACAUAAAGUAUGUGCAGGUUCACCUGAAACGGCCACUAAAACAAAGUUUAGAUUAUUAUUAUUCAUACAACAACAUACUUUAAUGAGAGAACCAGUGAUGCUUGUUGCCAUGGAUACUAGGGGAGCCUAUAAAAAACAUGAUGCCCACAGUAUUUAAUCUCUACUCACUUUGUAUUUUUAUUCUGAUGCUGCUUUUUUGUACAGGUGAGCUGAGGUCGCUCACGACUUUUGUUUUACAUUUUGAUGUUACUUUUUUUUUUUUUUUUUUCGCUCAAGGGAUUCUGGGAGUUGUAGUCUGCAGAGGAGAUGGAGGAGGAAAGUGUCACCCAGGGUGUGCUUUUGGGGUUUAUAUAAAGAGAUUUAUUUUUCUGUCACUCCCUCCUCUUUCCCUCACAAACAUUCAGUCUAAUAUUCUCCAUGUUCUCAGAUUUCACCCCUCCUCUUCCCCCACCCCACCCCACCCACCCCUGUCUGUCAUUUCUCACCUGUUACCUGCAGCAGCAACAUGCACACACAUUUUAUGUCACAAAAACACUCGGCAUAAUCCCUUCUACCUGCUCCUUCAAAGUGAUACUCCACUCGAAGCUUUGUUUUGAGUUUCUCACUGCGAGCUGAGGAUAAUCUCCGCAAUCCCAAAAGUCCCCAAAAUGUGUUCAGAGAUUUGGCCCCUUCACUUGGGAGUGUUUUGAUCACACUUGACCCGAGCAGACUCGUCUCAUGGGGCUACUUUCCAAGGUCAUUUCUGUGACUAGAAGGAAAACAGCCCUUCAGUCAUAAUUCGAUCUGUUUCCCUCGGUUACGGCCACAACCUUCCCGGUGUUACGGCCUAAGUGAGUGACACGCUCGCUGCACACAAGAUGAGGAUUUUUCUUUCAGUCAUAUUUAUGAUCUUGGUCUUGCCUCAGUCUCGGAGCACUCUGGUCUCGGUUAGUGUGGUCUUGACUACAACACUACUAUAGAUCAUUAAAAUAACAGAUUCUGUCCUUUUACAGAUUAUUUAUAUCUUUGACAACUUGCAGCCCUGUUGGACAGUAGAGAAGUUUCUGUGGUCAUAUGAGACACUUAAUAAAGACACUUUUUAAUAAAGAAAGUGUUUCACAUUUGAAGCCGACAGAGAUCAGUGAUCUGGAUGGAAUAUAACUUAAGCCAUCCCGUGCCAAAUCUUAAAACCUUUAGAUAAAACACAAACUGUCACAGAACCUCUUCAGGGUCCCUCCCACCCCCCGGUAUGACCUCGUGUGUUUUUCAUACGUUUGUCUCCGUGUGUUAGAGCCAGAGGGAGAAGAAGCUCAGAUAUCUGUCGCUCCUGAUGGAGACGCUGUGAUGAGUGAAAACAGAAACCGGUCAGAGUACCCGGACAGGAUGGAGGAAUGUGAAGGCUCAUGUUGUCGUGCUGAAGUGUUGAUAGUAAACAGAGCCGUGUUUAAGUCCCCUUGUUGUUACCUCAUCUUCAACCUAAGGGACCAAACUGGUUAUCUGCACGAGGCAGCACUGUGUAGGAUUUACAGCCGUCUAAUGACGAGGUUGCAGAUCUUAAUCAGCUGAUAACGACCCGUCUUUCCAAAAGAAAUGUCUAGCAGAUGAUUGGUUCGUCCAUUCUGGGCUCCUGUACACAGAUGACAGUAAGCAGGGAGCACUAACUCCGUUCUCAUCUGGAGAUAAAGAAGUGGUGGAGAAGUUCACAGUUCAAGAAUAAGCAGCUGUGUUUUCACUCCAUGCUGCGUUCAAGUCCAGUGGGACACAUCUCAGAAACAGGUGGACCAGGUGUUUCUAAAAACAGAAACAUGUCACCGCUGUGCCGCUUCAGAGUCUCGUUCUCGUAUGAAAAUAUGAUCGGACUGAUCCGAGAGUCGAGUCUAAACAAGUUUGAACAGUUGAACUCUUCCGAGUCGCUGCUUUUCAACACCAAACCUUUUCUGACUAGAUCUCCCACGGGAACGAACGCAGCAUGUUUUCUUCUCCCACCCCCCUCCUCCUCAGAUCUGCACCACCGCCUCCGCCUGCUUGCUGUCCCAUGAUUCAUAGCUGCUGAAUAAUAGAUGCUCUUUUCAUAGAUCUCUGGAGGGCUUCAUUGGUACGCCCCGGCUGCGCCUCUCUCUCUCUCUCUCUCUCUCUCUCUCUCUCUCUCUCUCUCUCUCUCCCCCCCUCUGUCUUUCAUCCUCCGCUCCUCCUCAGGAAGCUCAGCGUGGUUUGUUUCCUCGUCCUCCUCAGCCCUCUGCCUUCUUUUAUUCUUCGAUUACAUAAAGAAUCAGCCCGGCUGCUUUGUCCUGAACAUCAUAUUUGGAUUAGAUUUUUGUUUCUCCUCUCAGGUGUUUGAUAGAUUUCCCCUCCUGAACCCGGUCCCUCCAGCUCAGUGUGAACAGUUGAGCCCCCCCCCCCCCCCCCGUCUCAGAUAUCUUUGCCUUGAGACUUGAACAUGUCUCGACUCACGAGGAGAGGCUUCUUCUCUUCAGGGAAAAUUUCCACUGAUUCCAAAGUCAAGAUUACUGCAGGACUGGCCAUGACGGCCUGAGUGAUACUGGGACAAUAUUGAUUGCUGAUUACUGUUGCAAAUCCUGUAAACAGGCAACAAAGCCCCAAGUGUAGGACGCGUCUUCAGAUUCAGUUACGACAUCCAGUGGUUGAUGAACUAGAAUACCAUUAAGAUUGAGAUAGAAAAAGGGCAACGAGCCAAGACAGACGUGGCAUUAAAAUACUCAAUAAUCAACUUUGAUUUCACAGGAUUUUUGAAUAACAUCUCACACAAUAGCAAAAUAUAACAUACUGCAGCUGCUGUUACAGUAUUCUGUACCUCGCCUGCAGUUUGGCCAUGCUUCUUAUUAUUACACUGAGUUUCUUGAUCGUUCCUCCGUCCCAGUGUGAACCAGAACAUUUGAAUACUUUUUAAAUUUGAAAACGAUGCUCGCCAGAAUCCACUUUGUUGUGUCAAAAUAGCAAUAAAAAGCAUCCUAGCUCGUUCCCUGCUAGAUGUAUUUUGAUAUCCAGUGACUUUUUGGUUAGGUAAACUGAAACUUUGAGCCGCAACAGAGUCAGAAUUAGUGCUCAAAAUGUUCAUUUGAGUUGUAUAAAAACGAGUUAAAACCUGCUCUCAAACACCAGAUCUGGUCUCUUAAUGAGGUUUGAAAAAAAAAAAAGGUUUUAUUCAUCAUGGCUACAGUCCAGGAGUUAAAGGGAGAGAGAGAUUUAGAUCAGCUGACAGCUUGUGUUGUGUUUUGUCACCACCAGUGUUUGAAGAAGCAGAGAAAGACUUUAGGGAGAGGUUUUCCUCCUCUGUGUUUAUUUUUGCUGUCGACUCCCAGAGUCUUUUAACUCUUGUUGUUUUGUGUUUUACCUCCAUCUUUGUCUUUCUCCCUCGUGUUUCUCCUUGAACACAGCUAACAUUUUUGCAUUUUAAGUGACACAUUUUGAAAUGUUUGUGGAGGACGGUGGGAGAUUCAGGGAUGCCCUCUGAUGUGUUCAGUGUUUCAAUAAAGAACCGACUGUUGUGAUGACAGGGAAAAAAACAAAAAAAACAUGUAAUACACUACUCUGGUUUGUGGCUGAAGCUGAUGAAUAAUCCGAAGCGAGUGUGUGAGAGUGUGUGAGAAUGUUUCUUUAAACACCAAGCUGACCAUUUUUUCUUUCUUUUUUUAAAUUAUUGAUUGUACAGUUUUAAGGCAAGUGUAUGAAGAGAACGACUUUUUCACAAUAAAGCUAUUGAAUGUCGAAGUCAAAAU